AUGGAUAAUGACACAUCUGAGUUUCUUCUCUGGGAAUUCUCGGAAAUUUGGGAGCUACAGAUUAUGCACAUAGCUUUACUACUGAUACUCUAUUUAAUGACAUUAUCAGGGAACCUUGUCAUCAUCUCUGCUAUUGUUUUUGACCAGCAUCUUCAUACCCCCAUGUAUUUCUUCCUGUUGAAUUUAGCCAUGCAAGACAUUGGGUCCAUUUCAGUCAUUGUCCCAAAAGCUGUUUUUAAUUCUGUUAUGGAUACUAGGACUAUUUCUCAUGCUGGAUGUGUUGCCCAAGUCAUGUUCUUUUUCUUUUUCUUGACCUGUGAUGUAUCCCUUCUUACUGUAAUGGCAUAUGAUCGAUAUGUUGCCAUUUGUAACCCUUUACAUUAUGAAAUGAUAAUGAACAGGAAGACCUGCACCAAAAUGAUUGGAGGUGUAUGGACAGCCAGCCUUCUCAAUGCUUCAUUACACAGUACUGUCACUUUUCUUACACCUUUCUGUUCUAAGAUUAUUAAUCAGUUUUACUGUGAAAUCCCUUAUUUACUUAAGCUUGCUUGUUCUAAUUCAUAUGUAUAUGAAAUUGGAGUUAUGACCUUCACUGGUAUGUUAGCACUGGGUUGUUUUAUUUUUGUCCUUCUGACUUAUGUGCGUGUCUUCUCUGCUGUUCUGAGAAUUCCUUCAGUUGAAGGAAGAGCAAAAGCCUUCUCUACUUGCCUACCACACAUCAUUGUUUUCUCCAUAUUUUUCUUCACUGCUAGUUUUGCUUAUCUAAGAGUGAUAUCUGACAGUCCACCCCAUCUUGAUUUCAUAAUUACAAUAAUGUAUUCCAUUGUUCCACCCAUGAUGAAUCCAUUAAUCUACAGUUUGAGAAACAAAGACAUCAAAGUUGCUCUUUCAAGACUUUAUGGUCACAUGUCACUGCAUUUUAAAGAAAUGUGA